UAUUUAAUUAUUUACAGGAGAGAGAGGAGAGGAAGGGCCGCGAGGUAAAAAGUCCAUAUCGAGGAAGGAUUGUUGUUCUGUUCCGUCGCCCAGCUGUAACUUUCAGCGCUGGCAGUGACGGGCACAGGCAUAGGCAUUGGACUCCAUCUCUGCUCGGUCAGACUCAGACCAACGGAAAAUAGCAGCAGCCUGGCACUGCGCCUGACCGGUUGGGCUUGGGCUUGGGGGUGUAUGGAAUCAGUCGGAUGCCCUAGCCCGGCCACGAAUUCGUUGUUUGCUUUUGCAGUGGUGGAAAGGGGACGGGUUGGCUCCUAUUGUGCGAAUGGGGUUUAGUGUUUUUUUUUCCUUCAGCUUUCGUCUCGUGAUUUUAUGAAUUGUUUGAAUUCGAUUGUCGGUUUGAUCUGAAUUUCGGAAGAGACGGGGUACAAUUUUAUGUGAUAUAUGGCGCAGACGACUGAGAGGUCCCCAAAUGCGCAGAGGGGUUUCAGAGUUCAAGCUCCGCUGGUUGAUUCUGUAUCGUGCUAUUGCAAGGUAGAUUCAGGUUUGAAAACAGUUGUUGGGGCGAGAAAGUUUGUCCCUGGAUCUAAACUUUGUAUACAACCUGAUAUUAAUCCCCGUGCACACAAGACAAAAAACUCCCGUCGGGAGAGGACCAGGGUGCAGCCACCACUCCUACCUGGACUUCCUGAUGAUCUUGCGAUUACUUGCCUGAUUCGAGUCCCUCGUGUAGAGCAUAAUAAACUUCGUCUAGUUUGCAAAAGGUGGUACAAGCUUCUGGCAGGUAAUUUUUUCUACUCUCUAAGGAAGAGUCUUGGCAUGGCAGAAGAAUGGGUAUAUGUGUUUAAGAAAGACCGUGAAGGAAGAAUUUCAUGGCAUGCCUUUGAUCCCACCUACCAACUGUGGCAGCCACUCCCGCCUAUUCCAGUGGAGUAUAGUACAGCUCUUGGGUUUGGCUGUGCGGUCCUUAGUGGCUGUCACCUGUAUUUAUUUGGUGGAAAAGAUCCUCUGAAGGGAUCCAUGAGGCGAGUUAUAUUUUAUAGUGCUCGGACAAAUAAAUGGCAUAGAGCACCUGACAUGCUUCGGAAAAGGCAGUUUUUUGGAUCAUGUGUCAUUAACAAUUGUCUUUAUGCUGCUGGAGGAGAAUGUGAAGGGAUCCAGAGAACCCUGCGCUCGGCUGAAGUUUAUGACCCCAAUCGAAACCGCUGGAGUUUUAUUGCUGAUAUGAGCACAGCGAUGGUACCCUUUAUCGGUGUGGUAUAUGACAACAAGUGGUUCCUCAAAGGACUCGGUGCCCACAGAGAGGUUUUGAGUGAAGCCUAUUCCCCAUCAACCAAUACAUGGAGUCCAAUAAACGGUGGAAUGGUUUCCGGAUGGCGCAAUCCAAGCAUCACUAUGAAUGGAAAACUUUAUGCGGUUGAUUGUCGUGAUGGGUGUAAGCUAAGAGUAUAUGAUGAGGCCACAGACUCUUGGAACAGGUUUCUUGAUAGCAAGCUACACCUCGGGAGUUCUCGCACCCUGGAAGCUGCUGCUCUUGUACCUCUAAAUGGAAAGCUCUGCAUUGUCCGUAACAACAUGAGCAUCAGCUUAGUUGAUGUCUCGAAUCCUGAUAGACGAGUGGAGACCAAUCCACAAAUCUGGGAAAAUAUAGGUAGUAAAGGUAAUUUUAGGAACCUGUUCACAAACUUAUGGUCGAGUAUUGCUGGAAGAGGUGGGCUGAAGAGCCACAUCGUGCAGUGUCAGGUUCUUCAAGCAUGAGAGAGAUCUCAUUGCUUAUGUUUAUUCUUGAGAGUGCUUGUUCUCCUCCAGCAUAGAAAUGGCACCGCAGAUUAUUGGUGCAAGUUUUGCCCUUUGGUGACUGGGGAUUGUUGUCUUUGUCUUACCUCCUGAUGCUGAUGAUGUUAUUCCCCCUGGAUUGAUUGGUGUAUGCAUGCCCAUGGAUGGUGGCACAUCGCCGUGGUCAAGAAACUAGCUAUAUAUAUAUCUUUGCUAAACAUUAGGACAUAGGACUUUGAGGCAACCCAUAUUCUUAGAUUCAUGACAGAUUGUUUUAGUUGGCCUGUAGGUGUCGGUUUUCUGUUCUGUGAGGAUAUCAGCAAGCAUGCAUGUUAUCUCCGAGGAUAAGAUACAUUGUGAGAAGACAGUCGGCUGUUGUUUCUUUGCAUGAUUGCACAUAUUUGUUUGUUAUGCUUUGAUUGGAUGGCGUGGGGUAAUAAGUUGAUUAUUGCAAUAGGGGUGUCUGAUCCGACUGCCAACUAUCAAGUUGUGAUACUUGUGUUAUUGUAUCUUGUCCUGCUGCUGUCCAGGCAUUUAAAAGAAUUGAGUUCCAAGCA